AUGGCUCUGCCGUCCAGCUUGGAAUGGCUCUCUCCUCCUAUUGUCCUAGGAGCUUUCGUCCUUUGGGACGUUCUCGAGCAGCGGAUAUCCGAAAGAAAUCGCAAACGGUAUCGCGAGUUUCCCAUACCCCGUCCUGAGGACCGUGCAUACAGCGCUUCUGAUGUCAGCAUCAUCGUCCCCACCGUCGACACAGAUCCGGCGUUCUCUGAAUGCCUCAGUGGGUUGCUUAGAAAUAGACCGCUCGAGAUCAUCAUUAUUACCACCGAAGAAGAGGAAGGCAGGAUCCGAGAGCUUGUUCAUAUUCCGUCUGUGGAAGCCAAUAUAGGCAAGACGGAUAUUCGUAUUCUCACGGUGCUCAAGGCGAACAAACGAGAUCAACUUCUGCGAGGCAUCAACGAGAGCAAAGGAGGUAUUAUGGCGUUGGUCGACGAUGACGCGUUCUGGAAACAUGAGACCGUGCUUACACAUCUUCUGGCGCCUUUUCAGCAGGAAGACAUUGGACUUGUCGGUGGUCCAAUAAACUCAUAUCUACCGACCAAGAGACAGAAUUCCAGCGUAAUCACGCCUUGGGAGGUGGCCGCUAUUCGUCUUCGUGGGAAGCGCCAUGGAAGCAUGAAAGGUGCGUAUGCCGCGGAUGGUGGAAUCAACUUUUGUGUCUCCGGUGUUACAGCGCUACUCCGUUCCGAGAUCGCGCGCAACCCGUCGUUCCAACGUGCUUUUGCGAACGAUAUGUGGAUGGGCCAACGACAAAACUCUGGUGAUGACAGCUUCAUCACACGAUGGGUCCUUUUCCAACAUCUCUUCAAAUCCCCGGUGAGCGACGGGCAGAGACCAGUCCAAUGGAAGCUUGGUAUGCAGCUUACAAAGGAAGCCGAGGUCGGUACCUCUAUCAUGCCAGACGCACGGUUCGCUGGGCAAAUGAAACGAUGGUAUCGGAGCGGCCUUCGACACCGAUUGAUGUGUCUCGUGUACGAACCCGGCAUUGUGGGAAUGUACAAGACUUGUCCUUAUAUGACACGAAAGAUGGUGGAAGGAAUGCUCAAUCCGGUGUUGCUGUGGGUGCGCCUGUACUGCUUCUGGAGAAUAUUCCAUGUCUGUCCGUGGUUUGCUUUCUUCGUGCUCUCUAUCAAGCUUUACACUUACAUCGACGGUCUGCUCGACUUUGCAAACGAAUACCCCUUUGCCCGGCGGCACCUGUGGGCGGCUCUUCUUGUCGACAGACUCUACCUCGUCUCGGACUGGUACUGUUGGAUCACGCUGGGGACUGAGGCGUGGAUAACGAGGCACGCAGUGGAUGACUGUGAGGCAGAUGUGGGUCCCAGUGGAAAUCGUGUCAAAGAAGAAUAG